AUGGAAGAGAAGAGUGUUGAAACGAAUCAACAAUUUGAAAUGGAAACCGAUGAUGCCGUCGAUGAACCAGCAAAAAUCGCUUUAAUUUCCAGUGAAGGCAGUCGCUACGAAGUUGCUAAAGAUUUAUUACUACAGUUCAGUGAUUAUUUUCAAGCCCUGACAAUCAGUGGAAUGAGAGAUGCAAACUUUAAAGAACUUACGUUGGAGUGUCUUUCCGAUGCAAGUCUACGUGAAGUAAACAACUUUUUGUUGAAUUUACAAAGCAACGAGGAUCAUUUUGGUGCCAGGGACUUGUGCUGUGUGGAAAAAGGUUUGGAGGGCUCAUUCUACCUCCAAAUUCGAAGCAUGACAGAUAAAUAUCUCAAUUAUUUAUCUGGACAAUUGAAUGAAUCAACUUACGAACGCAUUUUGCAUUUCGCAAAGAAGUUCGCCAUGUUUGGAACAAUCGAAAAAGUUUUUGCGUUCAUUUUUGACAAUUUUAGGUGUAUUGUUUCAAAAUCCGAAAUACUAUCACUGUCACCAGAUGAAAUGAUACGCUUGGUUGAAUCGGAUGUUGUAAAUGUUGACCGUGAAUUUGAUAUUUUUGAUUUGGUUGUAAGAUGGACUUCAGCUGACGAAUCAAGAAGGCAAUACGCAGAACUACUGUUCAGUAAGGUGAGGUACAAUUUGAUGGCAGUAGACGAAAAAAGGAAGGCCAGUGACCUACUUAUUGAUUUAAAACUAAAAGUUCAGACAGAAUGCUAUGGUUUUUGUACAAUUGGCACGAUAAUUGCUUUUGGAGAGCCCACUUUCAAGAUAAUUCACCAGUGCCAUGCUAUCGAACUUCCUGCCGGCCCAUUAUGCAUAUACCGUAUCGCGACAAGUCGUUUACCAGGAUGGGAUCCUUGCACCACCUAUUACGCACAGGUUUACUCCCUUAGACUUUCCCUUGAAAGAGUAAAGCAACAAGGCAGCGGAGAUAAAAUAAAUAAACAGGAUAGUGAAAUGUUUGAUUGUACAACUGAGCAGUGGACAUUCUUAUUGAGUAUUAAAGUGCCUUUCAACAAUCCUCCUUCUACCGUUCUCAUCAACAGCUCCCUAUAUAGUUUUCAUUUUGAUUACAAUAGCUAUACUUCACAAAAUCAUUUGUCUAUUCAAACAAUCAAUUUGAAAAAGUAUCUAAAUGAUAACAAAUCCUCAUCAAAUACACUGUCUGACCUAGCCACGUAUGAAAAACUCAAGACUAAUGAUACUGAUGACGAAGGUAUUAAUAGGAAAUGCGUCUGUCCAGUCUUGAUGCAUCCGAUAUUUUCUUACGACACGGACACGAUGUUGGUGCAUUACUAUGGCUCUGAAUUUGUUAAGUGUCCAGUGACGAUUGCGCCAUUGCACGUAGGCCAGAAUAAAUAA